AUGCCGUCAAAUCCCGGCACUCUACCGAAUACCGUGGGGUCUGAGACCCAGCUGUUAAAGUCUUCAUUGAGUAACGGACCAAAGACAACGGCCAAUCAACAGGUUGUGAAAAAAUACUAUCAUCUCCAGGAAGAGCACCAGCAAAAUUUUGUUCAGUCCCAGAACAACCAGAACAGUCAUAACACGGAAAAACAGAUCAAUCACAUUCAAAACACUCGGAUUAUCAACAAUGUGCAGAGUGGUACAUCGAAGUCAAAAUUGAAGGCCAGAGAAUUGCCACAUCUAGCGGGUCCAACGAAUCGGGAUCUUUUCGCCCAAUCCCCGGUGGCAGUGCAUCAUGUGUCCUCGGUUAGUCAACAAAAUCGUCGGUCGGACGAUCUGUCCGAGGAGUUGACUAGUUUCGCCAGUGAAACACGACCCAUCAGCCCCCAGUCAGGGUUUAGCCCUUCGCCUGAAUUUACCACUUCCAGCAAUGCUGUGUUUACAAACAAUAGCAGAGUGAGCCCCAGCUCGCCGUACAAAUCUCCCAUGAAUGCACGUAAAAUGCUGACCAAUGAUUCGCGAGUCGGCAAACGUGUCGAGUAUCACACACGUGAACGGGUUCAGUCCGCAGUGACCUCGGCCCCUCCGGCUGAAGACAUUGUCGAGUCAGUUAUGCCUUUGGAAGGGAAUCAACAACGCUUGAAAUUGUUUGAAGCACCUCCGUGGAUGAAAAGGGCUGCACACCAUAGUACAUCAUCCACCGGGCGUCACACACCCAGUGUGACGGGGGCCAGCACGACAGAAGGAUCAUCAAACAAUACCACGGUCGUGGAACGACGUCAUGUCGCCCGAGCAUCGCCGGCCACCGGUGCAGCUAGCACAUCACACUUUCGCCGAGUCGGUAGUUUGCCCCAUUCGUCCACUCAUUCAAAACGACUGUCCAGCUCCGUGCCGGCGAAAACCAGUUCGUCCACAAUCAAAGAGAAUGAGAUUGUUGUGCGUCGAAACGGUUCUUUUUCUCCCCCACCACGUCGGGUGACCACAGAUUCCGAUCCG